ACUUUAUGUGAUUAGCAUCAGACAGAGCAAAGACAAGAAGCUAAGCUACAAUGAAGCUCAUAACUUUGGUGCUAUCGCUAAUUUUGUUCUUCGUCCUUAAUGAUUAUGUCAGUAGUUUUCCUGUUAAUGACAAGUCAUCUAAAGAUCAGAGAAAACAUGGAGACCACAGGCGUAAAGAAGAGAAUGCUGCAGAUAAACAGGAAUAUAAAGACCAUGGACAUCCAAGGAAGGAACAUUCUGAUCAGAGAAAACAUGGAGACCACAGGCGCUUGAAAUCACAUUUGGUGUGUAAGGAAGAAUACAAUGAAGAUAUUAGCACUGAAAAAACUGGCUCCGUAGAUGGCAUUAAGGCACAGUCUUCUGAAAACUACAACCAAGGGGAUCAAGCAGAACCCGGAGUAAGCACAGCCACUCAACCUGAACCAUACACCACAGAGCAACAAAAAUACAAUGAAACAAACAAGGAUGAGGUGCCAGAGCCAGUAACUGGCUCCUUAGAUGGUACAAAGACACAGUCUUCUGACGACAACAAACAAGGGGAUCAAGCUGAACCCGGAGCAAGCACAGCCACUCAACCUGAACCAUACACCACAGAGCAACAAAAAUACAAUGAAACAAACAAGGAUGAGGUGCCAGAGCCAGAAACUGGCUCCGUAGAUGGCAUUAAGGCACAGUCUUCUGAUGACAACAAACAAGGGGAUCAAGCAGAACCCGGAGUAAGCACAGCCACUCAACCUGAACCAUACGACGCAGAGCAACAAAAAUACAAUGAAACGAACAAGGAUGAGGUGCCAGAGCCAGUAACUGGCUCUGUAGAUGGCAUUAAGACACAGUCUUCUGACGACAACAAACAAGGGGAUCAAGCAGAACCUGGAGCAAGCACAGCCACUCAACCUGAACCAUACACCAUAGAGCAACAAAAAUACAAUGAAACGAACAAGGAUGAGGUGCCAGAGCCAGUAACUGGCUCCGUAGAUGACAUUAAGAUACAGUCUUCUGACGACAACAAACAAGGGGAUCAAGCAGAACCCGGAGUAAGCACAGCCACUCAACCUGAAACAUACGACGCAGAGCAACAAAAAUACAAUGAAACGAACAAGGAUGAGAUGCCAGAGCCAGUAACUGGCUCCUUAGAUGGCACGAAGACACAGUCUUCUGACGACAACAAACAAGGGGAUCAAGCUGAACCUGGAGCAAGCACAGCCACUCAACCUGAACCAUACACCAUAGAGCAACAAAAAUACAAUGAAACUAACGAGGAUGAGGUGCCAGAGCCAGUAACUGGCUCCGUAGAUGACUUUAAAACACAGUCUUCUGACGACAAUAAACAAGGGGAUCAAGCAGAACCCGGAGCAAGCACAGCCACUCAACCUGAACCAUACACCACAGAGAAACAAAAAUACAAUGAAACGAAUGAGGAUGAGGUGCCAGAGCCAGUAACUGGCUCUGUAGAUGACUUUAAAACACAGUCUUCUGACGACAACAAACAAGGGGAUCAACCAGAACCCGAAGUAAGCACAGCCACUCAACCUGAACCAUACGACGCAGAGCAACAAAAAUACAAUGAAACUAACAAGGAUGAGGUACCAGAGCCAGUAACUGGCUCCGUAGAUGGCAUUAAGACACAGUCUUCUGACGAAAGCAAACAAGGGGAUCAAGCAGAACCCGGAGUAAGCACAGCCACUCAACCUGAAUCAUACACCAUAGAGCAACAAAAAUACAAUGAAACGAACAAGGAUAAAGUGCCAGAGACAGUAACUGGCUCCGUAGAUGACAUUAAGACACAGUCUUCUGACGACAACAAACAAGGGGAUCAAGCAGAACCCGGAGCAAGCACAGCCACUCAACCUGAACCAUACACCACAGAGCAACAAAAAUACAAUGAAACGAACGAGGAUGAGGUGCCAGAGCCAGUAACUGGCUCCGUAGAUGGAUUUAAGGCACAGUCUUCUGACGAUAACAAACAAGGGGAUCAAGCAGAACCCGGAGUAAGCACAGCCACUCAACCUGAACCAUACGACGCAGAGCAACAAAAAUACAAUGAAACGAACAAGGAUGAGGUGUCAGAGCCAGUAACUGGCUUCGUAGAUGACAUUAAGACACAGUCUUCUGACGACACCAAACAAGGGGAUCAAGCAGAACCCGGAGCAAGCACAGCCACUCAACCUGAACCAUACACCACAGAGAAACAAAAAUACAAUGAAACGAACGAGGAUGAGGUGCCAGAGCCAGUAACUGGCUCCUUAGAUGGCAUUAAGGCACAGACUUCUGACGAUAACAAACAAGGGGAUCAACCAGAACCCGGAGUAAGCACAGCCACUCAACCUGAACCAUACGACGCAGAGCAACAAAAAUACAAUGAAACGAACAAGGAUGAGAUGCCAGAGCCAGUAACUGGCUCCUUAGAUGGCACGAGGACACAGUCUUCUGACGACAACAAACAAGGGGAUGAAGCUGUACCUGGAGCAAGCACAGCAACUCAACCUGAACCAUACACCAUAGAGCAACAAAAAUACAAUGAAACUAACGAGGAUGAGGUGCCAGAGCCAGUAACUGGCUCCGUAGAUGACAUUAAGACAAAGUCUUCUGACGACAAUAAACAAGGGGAUCAAGCAGAACGCGGAGUAAGCACAGUCACUCAACCUGAAACAUACGACGCAGAGCAACAAAAAUACAAUGAAACUAACGAGGAUGAGGUGCCAGAGCCAGUAACUGGCUCCUUAGAUGGCACGAAGACACAGUCUUCUGACGACAACAAACAAGGGGAUCAAGCUGAACCUGGAGCAAGCACAGCCACUCAACCUGAACCAUACACCAUAGAGCAACAAAAAUACAAUGAAACUAACGAGGAUGAGGUGCCAGAGCCAGUAACUGGCUCCGUAGAUGACUUUAAAACACAGUCUUCUGACGACAAUAAACAAGGGGAUCAAGCAGAACCCGGAGCAAGCACAGCCACUCAACCUGAACCAUACACCACAGAGAAACAAAAAUACAAUGAAACGAAUGAGGAUGAGGUGCCAGAGCCAGUAACUGGCUCUGUAGAUGACUUUAAAACACAGUCUUCUGACGACAACAAACAAGGGGAUCAACCAGAACCCGAAGUAAGCACAGCCACUCAACCUGAACCAUACGACGCAGAGCAACAAAAAUACAAUGAAACUAACAAGGAUGAGGUAUCAGAGCCAGUAACUGGCUCCGUAGAUGGCAUUAAGACACAGUCUUCUGACGAAAGCAAACAAGGGGAUCAAGCAGAACCCGGAGUAAGCACAGCCACUCAACCUGAAUCAUACACCAUAGAGCAACAAAAAUACAAUGAAACGAACAAGGAUAAAGUGCCAGAGACAGUAACUAGCUCCGUAGAUGACAUUAAGACACAGUCUUCUGACGACAACAAACAAGGGGAUCAAGCAGAACCCGGAGCAAGCACAGCCACUCAACCUGAACCAUACACCACAGAGCAACAAAAAUACAAUGAAACGAACGAGGAUGAGGUGCCAGAGCCAGUAACUGGCUCCGUAGAUGGAUUUAAGGCACAGUCUUCUGACGAUAACAAACAAGGGGAUCAAGCAGAACCCGGAGUAAGCACAGCCACUCAACCUGAACCAUACGACGCAGAGCAACAAAAAUACAAUGAAACGAACAAGGAUGAGGUGUCAGAGCCAGUAACUGGCUUCGUAGAUGACAUUAAGACACAGUCUUCUGACGACACCAACCAAGGGGAUCAAGCAGAACCCGGAGCAAGCACAGCCACUCAACCUGAACCAUACACCACAGAGAAACAAAAAUACAAUGAAACGAACGAGGAUGAGGUGCCAGAGCCAGUAACUGGCUCCUUAGAUGGCAUUAAGGCACAGACUUCUGACGAUAACAAACAAGGGGAUCAACCAGAACCCGGAGUAAGCACAGCCACUCAACCUGAACCAUACGAUGCAGAGCAACAAAAAUACAAUGAAACGAACAAGGAUGAGAUGCCAGAGCCAGUAACUGGCUCCUUAGAUGGCACGAGGACACAGUCUUCUGACGACAACAAACAAGGGGAUGAAGCUGUACCUGGAGCAAGCACAGCAACUCAACCUGAACCAUACACCAUAGAGCAACAAAAAUACAAUGAAACUAACGAGGAUGAGGUGCCAGAGCCAGUAACUGGCUCCGUAGAUGACAUUAAGACAAAGUCUUCUGACGACAAUAAACAAGGGGAUCAAGCAGAACCCGGAGUAAGCACAGUCACUCAACCUGAAACAUACGACGCAGAGCAACAAAAAUACAAUGAAACGAAUGAGGAUGAGGUGCCAAAGCCAGUAACUGGCUCCGUAGAUGGCAUUAAGGCACAGUCUUCUGACGACAACAAACAAGGGGAUCAACCAGAACCCGAAGUAAGCACAGCCACUCAACCUAAACUAUACGACGCAGAGCAACAAAAAUACAAUGAAACGAACAAGGAUGAGGUGCCAGAGCCAGUAACUGGCUCCGAAGAUGGCAUUAAGGCACAGUCUUCUGACGACAACAAACAAGGGGAUCAAGCAGAACCUGGAGCAAGCACAGCCACUCAACCUGAACCAUACGACGCAGAGCAACAAAAAUACAAUGAAACGAACAAGUAUGAGAUGCCAGAGCCAGUAACUGGCUCCUUAGAUGGCACGAAGACACAGUCUUCUGACGACAACAAACAAGGGGAUCAAGCUGAACCUGGAGCAAGCACAGAUACUCAACCUGAACCAUACACCAUAGAGCAACAAAAAUACAAUGAAACUAACGAGGAUGAGGUGCCAGAGCCAGUAACUGGCUCCGUAGAUGACAUUAAGACACAGUCUUCUGACGACAACAAACAAGGGGAUCAAGCUGAACCCGAAGUAAGCACAGCCACUCAACCUAAACCAUACGACGCAGAGCAACAAAAAUACAAUGAAACAAACAAGGAUGAGGUGCCAGAGACAGUAACUGGCUCCGUAGAUGCCAUUAAGACACAGUCUUCUGACGACACCAAACAAGGGGAUCAAGCAGAACCCGGAGCAAGCACAGCCACUCAACCUGAUCAAUACACCACAGAGCAACAAAAAUACAAUGAAACGAACGAGGAUGAGGUGCCAAAGCCAGUAACUGGAUCCGUAGAUGGCAUUAAGGCACAGUCUUCUGACGACAACAAACAAGGGGAUCAACCAGAACCCGAAGUAAGCUUAGCCACUCAACCUAAACCAUACGACGCAGAGCAACAAAAAUACAAUGAAACGAACAAGGAUGAGGUGAUAGAGCCAGUAACUGGCCCUGAAGAUGGCAUUAAGGCACAGUAUUCUGAUGACAACAAACAAGGGGAUCAAGCAGAACCCGGAGUAAGCACAGCCACUCAACCUGAAACAUACGCCGCAGAGCAACAAAAAUACAAUGAAACUAACAAGGAUGAGGUGCCAGAGCCAGUAACUGGCUCCGUAGAUGACAUUAAGACACAGUCUUCUGACGACAACAAACAAGGGGAUCAAGCAGAACCCGGAGCAAGCACAGCCACUCAACCUGAACCAUACGACACAGAGCAACAAAAAUACAAUGAAACGAACAAGGAUGAGAUGCCAGAGCCAGUAACUGGCUCCUUAGAUGGCACGAAGACACAGUCUUCUGACGACAACAAACAAGGGGAUCAAGCUGAACCUGGAGCAAGCACAGCCACUCAACCUGAACCAUACACCAUAGAGCAACAAAAAUACAAUGAAACUAUUGAGGAUGAGGUGCCAGAGCCAGUAACUGGCUCCGUAGAUGGCAUUAAGGCACAGUCUUCUGACGACAACAAACAAGGGGAUCAAGCAGAACCCGGAGCAAGCACAGCCACUCAACCUGAACCAUACGACACAGAGCAACAAAAAUACAAUGAAACGAACAAGGAUGAGAUGCCAGAGCCAGUAACUGGCUCCUUAGAUGGCACGAAGACACAGUCUUCUGAAGACAACAAACAAGGGGAUCAAGCUGAACCUGGAGCAAGCACAGCCACUCAACCUGAACCAUACACCAUAGAGCAAAAAAAAUACAAUGAAACUAACGAGGAUGAGGUGCCAGAGCCAGUAACUGGCUCCGUAGAUGACAUUAAGACACAGUCUUCUGACGACAACAAACAAGGGGAUCAAGCAGAACCCGGAGUAAGCACAGCCACUCAACCUGAAACAUACGACGCAGAGCAACAAAAAUACAAUGAAACUAACAAGGAUGAGGUGCCAGAGCCAGUAACUGGCUCCGUAGAUGACAUUAAGACACAGUCUUCUGACGACAACAAACAAGGGGAUCAAGCAGAACCCGGAGUAAGCACAGCCACUCAACCUGAAACAUACGACGCAGAGCAACAAAAAUACAAUGAAACUAACAAGGAUGAGGUGCCAGAGCCAGUAACUGGCUCCGUAGAUGACAUUAAGACACAGUCUUCUGACGACAACAAACAAGGGGAUCAAGCAGAACCCGGAGCAAGCACAGCCACUCAACCUGAACCAUACGACACAGAGCAACAAAAAUACAAUGAAACGAACAAGGAUGAGAUGCCAGAGCCAGUAACUGGCUCCUUAGAUGGCACGAAGACACAGUCUUCUGACGACAACAAACAAGGGGAUCAAGCUGAACCUGGAGCAAGCACAGCCACUCAACCUGAACCAUACACCAUAGAGCAACAAAAAUACAAUGAAACUAUUGAGGAUGAGGUGCCAGAGCCAGUAACUGGCUCCGUAGAUGACAUUAAGACACAGUCUUCUGACGACAAUAAACAAGGGGAUCAAGCAGAACCCGGAGCAAGCACAGCCACUCAACCUGAAGCAUACACCACAGAGAAACAAAAAUACAAUGAAACGAACGAGGAUGAGGUGCCAGAGCCAGUAACUGGCUCCGUAGAUGGCAUUAAGGCACAGUCUUCUGAUGACACCAAACAAGGGGAUCAACCAGAACCCGAAGUAAGCACAGCCACUCAACCUAAACCAUACGACGCAGAGCAACAAAAAUACAAUGAAACAAACAAUGAUGAGGUGCCAGAGCCAGUAACUGGCUCCGUAGAUGCCAUUAAGACACAGUCUUCUGACGACACCAAACAAGGGGAUCAAGCAGAACCCGGAGCAAGCACAGCCACUCAACCUGAUCCAUACAACACAGAGCAACAAAAAUACAAUGAAACGAACAAGGAUGAGGUGCCAGAGCCAGUAACUGGCUCCUUAGAUGGCACGAAAACACAGUCUUCUGACGACAACAAACAAGGGGAUCAAGCAGAACCCGGAGCAAGCACAGCCACUCAACCUGAACCAUACGACACAGAGCAACAAAAAUACAAUGAAACGAACAAGGAUGAGAUGCCAGAGCCAGUAACUGGCUCCUUAGAUGGCACGAAGACACAGUCUUCUGAAGACAACAAACAAGGGGAUCAAGCUGAACCUGGAGCAAGCACAGCCACUCAACCUGAACCAUACACCAUAGAGCAACAAAAAUACAAUGAAACUAACGAGGAUGAGGUGCCAGAGCCAGUAACUGGCUCCGUAGAUGACAUUAAGACACAGUCUUCUGACGACAACAAACAAGGGGAUCAAGCAGAACCCGGAGCAAGCACAGCCACUCAACCUGAACCAUACGACAAAGAGCAACAAAAAUACAAUGAAACGAACAAGGAUGAGAUGCCAGAGCCAGUAACUGGCUCCUUAGAUGGCACGAAGACACAGUCUUCUGACGACAACAAACAAGGGGAUCAAGCUGAACCUGGAGCAAGCACAGCCACUCAACCUGAACCAUACACCAUAGAGCAACAAAAAUACAAUGAAACUAUUGAGGAUGAGGUGCCAGAGCCAGUAACUGGCUCCGUAGAUGGCAUUGAGGCACAGUCUUCUGACGACAACAAACAAGGGGAUCAAGCAGAACCCGGAGCAAGCACAGCCACUCAACCUGAACCAUACGACACAGAGCAACAAAAAUACAAUGAAACUAACAAGGAUGAGGUGCCAGAGCCAGUAACUGGCUCCGUAGAUGACAUUAAGACACAGUCUUCUGACGACAACAAACAAGGGGAUCAAGCAGAACCCGGAGCAAGCACAGCCACUCAACCUGAACCAUACGACACAGAGCAACAAAAAUACAAUGAAACGAACAAGGAUGAGAUGCCAGAGCCAGUAACUGGCUCCUUAGAUGGCACGAAGACACAGUCUUCUGAAGACAACAAACAAGGGGAUCAAGCUGAACCUGGAGUAAGCACAGCCACUCAACCUGAAACAUACGACGCAGAGCAACAAAAAUACAAUGAAACUAACAAGGAUGAGGUGCCAGAGCCAGUAACUGGCUCCGUAGAUGACAUUAAGACACAGUCUUCUGACGACAACAAACAAGGGGAUCAAGCAGAACCCGGAGCAAGCACAGCCACUCAACCUGAACCAUACGACACAGAGCAACAAAAAUACAAUGAAACGAACAAGGAUGAGAUGCCAGAGCCAGUAACUGGCUCCUUAGAUGGCACGAAGACACAGUCUUCUGACGACAACAAACAAGGGGAUCAAGCUGAACCUGGAGCAAGCACAGCCACUCAACCUGAACCAUACACCAUAGAGCAACAAAAAUACAAUGAAACUAUUGAGGAUGAGGUGCCAGAGCCAGUAACUGGCUCCGUAGAUGACAUUAAGACACAGUCUUCUGACGACAAUAAACAAGGGGAUCAAGCAGAACCCGGAGCAAGCACAGCCACUCAACCUGAACCAUACACCACAGAGAAACAAAAAUACAAUGAAACGAACGAGGAUGAGGUGCCAGAGCCAGUAACUGGCUCCGUAGAUGGCAUUAAGGCACAGUCUUCUGACGACACCAAACAAGGGGAUCAACCAGAACCCGGAGUAAGCACAGCCACUCAACCUAAACCAUACGACGCAGAGCAACAAAAAUACAAUGAAACAAACAAUGAUGAGGUGCCAGAGCCAGUAACUGGCUCCGUAGAUGGCAUUAAGGCACAGUCUUCUGACGACACCAAACAAGGGGAUCAACCAGAACCCGAAGUAAGCACAGCCACUCAACCUAAACCAUACGACAAAGAGCAACAAAAAUACAAUGAAACGAACAAGGAUGAGAUGCCAGAGCCAGUAACUGGCUCCUUAGAUGGCACGAAGACACAGUCUUCUGACGACAACAAACAAGGGGAUCAAGCUGAACCUGGAGCAAGCACAGCCACUCAACCUGAACCAUACACCAUAGAGCAACAAAAAUACAAUGAAACUAUUGAGGAUGAGGUGCCAGAGCCAGUAACUGGCUCCGUAGAUGGCAUUGAGGCACAGUCUUCUGACGACAACAAACAAGGGGAUCAAGCAGAACCCGGAGCAAGCACAGCCACUCAACCUGAACCAUACGACACAGAGCAACAAAAAUACAAUGAAACUAACAAGGAUGAGGUGCCAGAGCCAGUAACUGGCUCCUUAGAUGGCACGAAGACACAGUCUUCUGACGACAACAAACAAGGGGAUCAAGCUGAACCUGGAGUAAGCACAGCCACUCAACCUGAAACAUACGACGCAGAGCAACAAAAAUACAAUGAAACUAACAAGGAUGAGGUGCCAGAGCCAGUAACUGGCUCCGUAGAUGACAUUAAGACACAGUCUUCUGACGACAACAAACAAGGGGAUCAAGCAGAACCCGGAGCAAGCACAGCCACUCAACCUGAACCAUACGACACAGAGCAACAAAAAUACAAUGAAACGAACAAGGAUGAGAUGCCAGAGCCAGUAACUGGCUCCUUAGAUGGCACGAAGACACAGUCUUCUGACGACAACAAACAAGGGGAUCAAGCUGAACCUGGAGCAAGCACAGCCACUCAACCUGAACCAUACACCAUAGAGCAACAAAAAUACAAUGAAACUAUUGAGGAUGAGGUGCCAGAGCCAGUAACUGGCUCCGUAGAUGACAUUAAGACACAGUCUUCUGACGACAAUAAACAAGGGGAUCAAGCAGAACCCGGAGCAAGCACAGCCACUCAACCUGAACCAUACACCACAGAGAAACAAAAAUACAAUGAAACGAACGAGGAUGAGGUGCCAGAGCCAGUAACUGGCUCCGUAGAUGCCAUUAAGACACAGUCUUCUGACGACACCAAACAAGGGGAUCAAGAAGAACCCGGAGCAAGCACAGCCACUCAACCUGAUCCAUACAACACAGAGCAACAAAAAUACAAUGAAACGAACGAGGAUGAGGUGCCAGAGCCAGUAACUGGCUCCGUAGAUGGCAUUAAUGCACAGUCUUCUGACGACAACAAACAAGGGGAUCAACCAGAACCCGAAGUAAGCACAGCCACUCAACCUAAACCAUACGACGCAGAGCAACAAAAAUACAAUGAAACGAACAAGGAUGAGGUGCCAGAGCCAGUAACUGGCUCCGAAGAUGGCAUUAAGGCACAGUCUUCUGACAACAACAAACAAGGGGAUCAAGCAGAACCCGGAGUUAGCACAGCCACUCAACCUGAAAUAUAUGACGCAGAGCAACAAAAAUACAAUGAAACUAACAAGGAUGAGGUGCCAGAGCCAGUAACUGGCUCCGUAGAUGGCAUUAAGACACAGUCUUCUGACGACAACAAACAAGGGGAUCAAGCUGAACCUGGAGCAAGCACAGCCACUCAACCUGAACCAUACACCAUAGAGCAACAAAAAUACAAUGAAACUAACGAGGAUGAGGUGCCAGAGCCAGUAACUGGCUCCGUAGAUGACAUUAAGACACAGUCUUCUGACAACAAUAAACAAGGGGAUCAACGAGAACCCGAAGUAAGCACAGCCACUCAACCUAAACCAUACGACGCAGAGCAACAAAAAUACAAUGAAACAAACAAGGAUGAGGUGCCAGAGCCAGUAACUGGCUCCGAAGAUGGCAUUAAGACACAGUCUUCUGACGACAACAAACAAGGGGAUCAAGCAGAACCUGGAUCAAGCACAGCCACUCAACCUGAACCAUACACCAUAGAGCAACAAAAAUACAAUGAAACCAACGAGGAUGAGGUGCCAGAGCUAGUAACUGGCUCCGUAGAUGACAUUAAGACACAGUCUUCUGACGACAACAAACAAGGGGAUCAACCAGAACCCGAAGUAAGCACAGCCACUCAACCUGAACCAUACGACGCAGAGCAACAAAAAUACAAUGAAACAAACGAGGAUGAGGUGCCAGAGCCAGUAACUGGCUCCGUAGAUGACAUUAAGACACAGUCUUCUGACGACAACAAACAAGGGGAUCAGGCAGAACCCGGAGUAAGCACAACCUCUCAACCUGAACCAUACGACGCAGAGCAACAAAAAUACAAUGAAACAAACAAGGAUGAGGUGCCAGAGCCAGUAACUGGCUCCGUAGAUGCCAUUAAGACACAGUUUUCUGACGACACCAAACAAGGGGAUCAAGCAGAACCCGGAGAUAGCACAGCCACUCAACCUGAACCAUACACCACAGAGCAACAAAAAUACAAUGAAACGAACGAGGAUGAGGUGCCAGAGCCAGUAACUGGCUCCGUAGAUGGCAUUAAGGCACAGUCUUCUGACGAUAACAAACAAGGGGAUCAAGCAGAACCCGGAGCAAGCACAGCCACUCAACCUGAACCAUACGACACAGAGCAACAAAAAUACAAUGAAACGAACAAGGAUGACAUGCCAGAGCCAGUAACUGGCUCCUUAGAUGGCACGAAGACACAGUCUUCUGAAGACAACAAACAAGGGGGUCAAGCUGAACCUGGAGCAAGCACAGCCACUCAACCUGAACCAUACACCAUAGAGCAACAAAAAUACAAUGAAACUAACGAGGAUGAGGUGCCAGAGCCAGUAACUGGCUCCGUAGAUGACAUUAAGACACAGUCUUCUGACGACAACAAACAAGGGGAUCAAGCAGAACCUGGAGCAAGCACAGCCACUCAACCUGAACCAUACGACACAGAGCAACAAAAAUACAAUGAAACUAACAAGGAUGAGGUGCCAGAGCCAGUAACUGGCUCCGUAGAUGACAUUAAGACACAGUCUUCUGACGACAACAAACAAGGGGAUCAAGCAGAACCCGGAGCAAGCACAGCCACUCAACCUGAACCAUACGACACAGAGCAACAAAAAUACAAUGAAACGAACAAGGAUGAGAUGCCAGAGCCAGUAACUGGCUCCUUAGAUGGCACGAAGACACAGUCUUCUGAAGACAACAAACAAGGGGAUCAAGCUGAACCUGGAGCAAGCACAGCCACUCAACCUGAACCAUACGACGCAGAGCAACAAAAAUACAAUGAAACAAACGAGGAUGAGGUGCCAGAGCCAGUAACUGGCUCCGUAGAUGCCAUUAAGACACAGUUUUCUGACGACACCAAACAAGGGGAUCAAGCAGAACCCGGAGAUAGCACAGCCACUCAACCUGAACCAUACACCACAGAGCAACAAAAAUACAAUGAAACGAACGAGGAUGAGGUGCCAGAGCCAGUAACUGGCUCCGUAGAUGGCAUUAAGGCACAGUCUUCUGACGAUAACAAACAAGGGGAUCAAGCAGAACCCGGAGCAAGCACAGCCACUCAACCUGAACCAUACGACACAGAGCAACAAAAAUACAAUGAAACGAACAAGGAUGAGAUGCCAGAGCCAGUAACUGGCUCCUUAGAUGGCACGAAGACACAGUCUUCUGAAGACAACAAACAAGGGGAUCAAGCUGAACCUGGAGCAAGCACAGCCACUCAACCUGAACCAUACACCAUAGAGCAACAAAAAUACAAUGAAACUAACGAGGAUGAGGUGCCAGAGCCAGUAACUGGCUCCGUAGAUGACAUUAAGACACAGUCUUCUGACGACAACAAACAAGGGGAUCAAGCAGAACCUGGAGCAAGCACAGCCACUCAACCUGAACCAUACGACACAGAGCAACAAAAAUACAAUGAAACUAACAAGGAUGAGGUGCCAGAGCCAGUAACUGGCUCCGUAGAUGACAUUAAGACACAGUCUUCUGACGACAACAAACAAGGGGAUCAAGCAGAACCCGGAGCAAGCACAGCCACUCAACCUGAACCAUACGACACAGAGCAACAAAAAUACAAUGAAACGAACAAGGAUGACAUGCCAGAGCCAGUAACUGGCUCCUUAGAUGGCACGAAGACACAGUCUUCUGAAGACAACAAACAAGGGGAUCAAGCUGAACCUGGAGCAAGCACAGCCACUCAACCUGAACCAUACACCAUAGAGCAACAAAAAUACAAUGAAACUAACGAGGAUGAGGUGCCAGAGCCAGUAACUGGCUCCGUAGAUGACAUUAAGACACAGUCUUCUGACGACAACAAACAAGGGGAUCAAGCAGAACCCGGAGCAAGCACAGCCACUCAACCUGAACCAUAUGACACAGAGCAACAAAAAUACAAUGAAACGAACAAGGAUGAGAUGCCAGAGCCAGUAACUGGCUCCUUAGAUGGCACGAAGACACAGUCUUCUGACGACAACAAACAAGGGGAUCAAGCUGAACCCGGGGCAAGCACAGCCACUCAACCUGAACCAUACACCACAGAGCAACAAAAAUACAAUGAAACGAAAAAGGAUGAGGUGCCAGAGCCAGUAACUGGCUCCGUAGAUGACAUUAAGACACAGUCUUCUGACGACAACAAACAAGGGGAUCAAGCAGAACCCGGAGCAAGCACAGCCACUCAACCUGAACCAUACGACGCAGAGCAACAAAAAUACAAUGAAACGAACAAGGAUGAGAUGCCAGAGCCAGUAACUGGCUCCUUAGAUGGCACGAAGACACAGUCUUCUGAUGACAACAAACAAGGGGAUCAAGCAGAACCCGGAGCAAGCACAGCCACUCAACCUGAACCAUACACCAUUGAGCAACAAAAAUACAAUGAAACUAAUGAGGAUGAGGUGCCAGAGCCAGUAACUGACUCUGUAGAUAGCAUUAAGCCACAGUCUUCUGACGACAACAAACAAGGGGAUCAAGCAGACCCCGGAGCAAGCACAGCCACUCAACCUGAACCAUACAACGCAGAGCAACAAAAAUACAAUGAAACGAACAAGGAUGAGAUGCCAGAGCCAGUAACUGGCUCCUUAGAUGGCACGAAGACACAGUCUUCUGAUGACAACAAACAAGGGGAUCAAGCAGAACCCGGAGCAAGCACAGCCACUCAACCUGAACCAUACACCAUUGAGCAACAAAAAUACAAUGAAACUAAUGAGGAUGAGGUGCCAGAGCCAGUAACUGACUCUGUAGAUAGCAUUAAGGCACAGUCUUCUGACGACAACAAACAAGGGGAUCAAGCAGACCCCGGAGCAAGCACAGCCACUCAACCUGAACCAUACAACGCAGAGCAACAAAAAUACAAUGAAACGAACAAGGAUGAGAUGCCAGAGCCAGUAACUGGCUCCUUAGAUGGCACGAAGACACAGUCUUCUGAUGACAACAAACAAGGGGAUCAAACAGAACCCGGAGCAAGCACAGCCACUCAACCUGAACCAUACACCAUUGAGCAACAAAAAUACAAUGAAACUAAUGAGGAUGAGGUGCCAGAGCCAGUAACUGGCUCCGUAGAUGACAUUAAGACACAGUCUUCUGACGACAAUAAACAAGGGGAUCAAGCAGAACCCGGAGCAAGCACAGCCACUCAACCUGAACCAUACACCACAGAGAAACAAAAAUACAAUGAAAUGAACAAGGAUGAGGUGCCAGAGCCAGUAACUGGCUCCUUAGAUGGCACGAAGACGCAGUCUUCUGACGACAACAAACAAGGGGAUCAAGCUGAACCCGGAGCAAGCACAGCCACUCAGCCUGAACCAUACACCACAGAGCAACAAAAAUACAAUGAAACAAACAAGGAUGAGGUGCCAGAGCCAGUAACUGGCUCCGUAGAUGACAUUAAGACAGAGUCUUCCGACGACAACAAACAAGGGGAUCAAGCAGAACCCGGAGCAAGCACAGCCACUCAACCUGAACCACACACCAUAGAACAACAAGAAUAUAAUGAAACAAACAAGGAUGAGGUGCCAGAGCCAGUAACUGGCUCCGUAGAUGGCAUUAAGGCACAGUCUUCUGACGAUAACAAACAAGAUGAUCAAGCAGAACCCGGAGUAAGCACAGCCACUCAACCUGAACCAUACGACGUAGAGCAACAAAAAUACAAUGAAACGAACAAGGAUGAGGUGCCAGAGCCAGUAACUGGCUCUGUAGAUGACAUUAAGACACAGUCUUCAGACGACAACAAACAAGGGGAUCAAGCAGAACCCGGAGCAAGCACAGCCACUCAACCUGAACCAUACACCACAGAGCAACAAAAAUACAAUGAAACAAACGAGGAUGAGGUGUCAGAGCCAGUAAGUGGCUCCGUAGAUGGCAUUAAGGCACAGUCUUCUGACGAUAACAAACAAGGGGAUCAACCAGAACCCGGAGUAAGCACAGCCACUCAACCUGAACCAUACGACGCAGAGCAACAAAAAUACAAUGAAACGAACAAGGAUGAGGUGCCAGAGCCAGUAACUGGCUCCUUAGAUGGCACGAAAACACAGUCUUCUGACGACAACAAACAAGGGGAUCAAGCUGAACCCGGGGCAAGCACAACCACUCAACCUGAACCAUACACCUUAGAGCAACAAAAAUACAAUGAAACGAAAAAGGAUGAGGUGCCAGAGCCAGUAACUGGCUCCGUAGAUGACAUUAAGACACAGUCUUCUGACGACAACAAACAAGGGGAUCAAGCAGAACCCGGAGCAAGCACAGCCACUCAACCUGAACCAUACACCACAGAGAAACAAAAAUACAAUGAAACAAACGAGGAUGAGGUGCCAGAGCCAGUAACUGACUCUGUAGAUAGCAUUAAGGCACAGUCUUCUGACGACAACAAACAAGGGGAUCAAGCAGAACCCGGAGCAAGCACAGCCACUCAACCUGAACCAUACACCACAGAGCAACAAAAAUACAAUGAAACAAAUGAGGAUGAGGUGCCAGAGCCAGUAACUGACUCUGUAGAUAGCAUUAAGGCACAGUCUUCUGACGACAACAAACAAGGGGAUCAAGCAGAACCUGGAGCAAGCACAGCCACUCAACCUGAACCAUACACCACAGAGAAACAAAAAUACAAUGAAACAAAUGAGGAUGAGGUGCCAGAGCCAGUAACUGACUCUGUAGAUAGCAUUAAGACACAGUCUUCUGACGACAACAAACAAGGGGAUCAAGCAGAACCCGGAGCAAGCACAGCCACUCAACCUGAACCAUACACCACAGAGAAACAAAAAUACAAUGAAACAAACGAGGAUGAGGUGCCAGAGCCAGUAACUGACUCUGUAGAUAGCAUUAAGGCACAGUCUUCUGACGACAACAAACAAGGGGAUCAAGCAGACCCCGGAGCAAGCACAGCCACUCAACCUGAACCAUACAACGCAGAGCAACAAAAAUACAAUGAAACGAACAAGGAUGAGAUGCCAGAGCCAGUAACUGGCUCCUUAGAUGGCACGAAGACACAGUCUUCUGAUGACAACAAACAAGGGGAUCAAGCAGAACCCGGAGCAAGCACAGCCACUCAACCUGAACCAUACACCACAGAGCAACAAAAAUACAAUGAAACAAACAAGGAUGAGGUGCCAGAGCCAGUAACUGACUCUGUAGAUAGCAUUAAGGCACAGUCUUCUGACGACAACAAACAAGGGGAUCAAGCAGAACCCGGAGUAAGCACAGCCACUCAACCUGAACCAUACACCACAGAGCAACAAAAAUACAAUGAAACGAAAAAGGAUGAGGUGCCAGAGCCAAAGCCAGAGCCAGUAACUGGCUCCGUAGACGGCAAUAAGGCACACUCUUCUGACGAUGACAAACAAGGGGAUCAAGCAGACCUCAGAGUAAGCACAGCCACACAACCUGAACCAUACAACACAGAGCAUCAAAAAUACAAUGAAACUGAUGAAGUGCCAGAGCCAGAGGGAGAUGAGGCAGGUCAAACUGAUGCAGUGGAAAUUUCAGCAGGGGAGGCAGAACAGAUUGGUGAAAAAAAUCUUGACGACUCUGAGUAUGAAUGUGACUUUUUUGAUGAAUCAUCAGAAGACACCUUACACAAUGACCAUUCUAAAGAAAAAUCUCCCAAAAAGGGCCAUUCUAAAGGAAAACCUUCCAAAAAGGGCCAUUCUAAAGGAAAACCUUCCAAAAAGGACCAUUCUAAAGAAAAACAUUCCAAAAAAGACCAUGCUAAAGUAAAACCUUCCAAAAAGGACCAUUCUAAAGAAAAAUCUUCCAAAAAGGACCAUUCUAAAGAAAAAUCUUCCAAAAAAGUCAGUGAGAAAUAA